CGCACUGCAAAUGCUGCGGUGGUAGUACCUCUGAGGUAGGCUGUCUGCUUCGCUGAUGGGCUCUGCUCCAGGAGUAAGUGGGGUACCAAUGUUUUAAAGUGCUUCUCGGGUGGCUCUUCGAGUUUGCCAAGACAGAGAGGGUCGGAGGAUCCCGGCAGAUGGAUGUAGGAUCCUAGGGGCAGCAACUGCAGCUCCAUAAGAGCCUAUUUUGUUGGGCGCAGAGUCUCAAGGAAUGGGCAGGAGGUACCGCCCUGGGCUUCCGGAGUGAGUAGAAAUGAUCUCUUGGUGGUUGGACCAGAGGCAGCUCCACCAGGCUGCGCAGAAUACCGAACCAGAAACAAUAUCCAAAGCUUCGUCUUCAUUUCAGCUGCUAGGAAGCUCAGGGCCCGGCCUGUUGUCCUUAAAGCUUCCUAGAGCAUGCCUAGCAUCCUUCCUUGAAAACUCGCUCUGAUUGGAUCAGAUUCAGGUAUAGCUCCAUGAAUAACUUAAACGACCCCCCAAAUUGGAACAUCCGGCCCAAUUCCAGGGCUGAUGGGGGUGAUGGAAGCAAGUGGAAUUAUGCCCUGUUGGUACCAAUGCUGGGAUUGGCAGCAUUUCGUUGGAUUUGGUCAAGGGAAUCCCAAAAAGAAAUAGAAAAAGUAAGAGAAGCAUAUCAUCAUAAAACCGCUGCCUUUCAGCAGGAUCUUGAAGCUAAAUACCGUGCUGUGAUCUCAGAACAACGGCGUGCUGUUGCUCAGCUGUCUUUGGAACUGGAAAAAGAGCAAAAUAGAACAGCUAGUUUUCGGGAAGCCCUUAUCUCUCAGGGGCGUAAGCUGGCAGAAGAAAAGAAGCUUCUUGAACAGGAACGGGCUCAGAUAAUGCAAGAAAAAAGCCAGCUGCGGCCUCUGAGAAGUGCUUACCUGAACUGCCUGGAAGAAGAGGAUGACUGGCAGAAGAGAGCCCAGCUUAUGCUGAAGGAGGUGGGAGAAGCUCUCGAGGAACGCCAGAAUAUCUACUGUAGCCUGAUUCUUCCCCGUAGCACACGGCUGGCGCUGGAGAAGAGCUUACUGGUGCGCACCUCUGUUGAUCCGGUGGCUGCUGAUCUAGAGAUGACAGCUGGCUUAUCAGACAUAUUUAAGCAUGAUAAGCAUUGUGGAGAUGUCUGGAACACCAACAAACGCCGAAAUGGGAGGCUCAUGUGGAUGUAUCUCAAAUAUUGGGAACUGCUUGUUGAACUUAAAAAGUUCAGGAAAGUAGAGAAGAUUAUACUAGAAAAAUAAGAGUGAAAUGGAACUCAAGGCCUCAUUCACCAUGGCAGUCUGUAUUUUAGGAUCUCUGAUAUUUCCUGUGUUCCCUUGCCACUGAAUGUGACCCUUUGUGAGAACUCAAGUCUUUCCACCCUUUCAACAGUACAGUAGGGCCUUCACAGAUAAGCUUUUUCUGCGAUGCUCUGCAACUAUUAGAGAUUCACUUUUUCUGAAGCAUUUUUGAGCUGCUAAUAUUUAGCAGAACCUGUACAACUGUGUAUUUUAGUUCUAGGGGAAAGAAAAAUGUAAAGCUCCAAUGCAGUAUUCUUACUCUAAGAAAUGUUCUGUCAGUUUUUGCCUCUCCUCUACUUGUUUUCCCUUCCCUGAGUCUAUCUACAGGUUGUUGGGUAAUGUAGUAGUUAUAUUACCAGAUUUCACUUUUAUGGAACAUUUUCCCCCACAAAGAAAUGAAGAAAAAAAAAAAAAAUAUAUAUAUAUAUAUAUCUUAUACCCAGUUGGUACCGCAGUGAAUACUUAGAAUUUAGCUGCUCAGGGGGUUGGAGAUUUAGCUCAGUGGUAGAGUGCUUGCCUAGCAAGCACAAGGCCCUGGGUUUGGUCCUCAGCUCUGGAAAAAAUAAUAAUAAUUUAGCUGUUCCUAUAUUCAAUAAGCAUGUUAUUUAUUAGCAAUGAUACGCAGUCAAUAACAUUUGUCAUUUAAAGUAAUAGUGUGACUUAUUAUUUGUAUGACUUUACUGUUCUUUUGAAAGAGUCUUGCUGCAUAGUCCACGUAAGCAUUAUACGUGCAGUCUUCCUGCCCCAGGCUCCCAAGUGCUGGGGUUACAAGUGUGUAUCACUACUCUUGACUUGAUAGUCUUACAUGUAUUGUCACUGUUUUUAACAUUUGUUUAAAAAGCAAAUAAGUACUUACAAGUCAUUUACACACAGCUUAUAUGAGUUGACCCUUUGUGCAUAACUCAUGUAAUCCUUACUCUGGUUUUAUGAGCUAAGCACUAUUAUUUAUCUUGCAAAAGGUAAUUUCCCAAGAUACUCAGGUUCUAUGACUUGCCAUAGUUUUCUAAGACUCCACCUGUGGUUGCCCUUAGAGAUAAGAGGUAUUAUAGCAAGAAAGAUAAAAACAGCAGAGGACAACAGUAGAAUGGUGUAGAACCAGGUGGAGCCACCAAGGGUCACACUCUGUGGAGUCACAGGGAACAGUCUUUAGUUUAGGGAUAUGACUAGGAACAUGAGAGGUUACCGGGAAACUCCCUGGAGACUAGCAAAAGAUUUUGAUGGGUGAGAGCUAUUCAUGUGACCCUUCUAUCUGACAUAUACCAGUUCCAUUCCCACAGGAAGGCAAGCGGCAGGAAUCAUUCAUACUCUGCAAGCAGUGUAGUUACCAGUGCUGGGAGCUCCCAGCAUCCAGGUCCCCAGACACCUGUUAGACUAGCCUUGCAAAGGAUGCAGUAUGAAGUCUGUCAAGUGGGCUUUUCUAAUUAGCCUUGUUUUCUGGAGGAUGGGGAGCUGGAGCCAUGAUUUGGAGAAAGUGCUCUGCCUAGGUCAUGGUAGUGCUUUGUUGGAGUGGGUCUGAGUUGGGUGUUGGACUUCCGAACUAGGAACCUGUAUGUUGUUGUCAGUGGCAGGAAGUGAAUAAAGUGGUCAGUUUAUGCGCAAGUCCUAUAUUCCUCCCUGUGCAUAUCUUUCUGAAUAGAUAUAUGACAAACUUAGAAGUACUUAUCCAGAAAACAAGUAUACAAUGAUUGAGGAGCACUGAGGCUCAUGUUUUAUAUUCCACAUUAAGUUCUCAGAACCAUUUUGGCAGAGUUGGCAGCAGGCUAAUCAGCCAAAGCCAGCUGAUUCCAGCCUCAGUUACAGCUUUUCUCAACUGAUACUUACGCCUUUCUACUGUAUUACCAGGACUGGGAGAAGUUAUUUUUUCUAGUACAUCUUAGAAACAGUUUUCUUAAAUUGUGUUUCCUAAUGCAUUCGAUCCUUAAAGGAAGCUGCACAGGCUCUAGUUUCUGUUACUCAACUGAUCUGCUCAUAAGACCUUGGACACACUACUUCAUGGCUUUUUCUAGGAUUUAUCUUUUAAAAUGACACAUUUUCCAUGGGAAUCACAUCAAUUCUUUGUAUCUAUGGCAUGGCCACCUUCCAUCCUAAGUCUGCUUUUCAAACUGAAAUUAUCAGUAACAUUUUUAUUGCUGUUCAGGGGUCAAAUGGAAGUACCUGGUAUGGAGACAGACCUAGGGGAGGAGAUAUAAUGGGAGGACCUGAGAUGGUUUACCUCUGGUUGGGGACACAUGGAGAAGAACCACAAACUGGAGUCACAUUUCAGACCCUUGGCUGGUACACAGGCAGUUAUGGAGCUAAGUGUUUACUUCUGUCACAAGUGAAUUAUUUUCAUACUCUUUAAAAUUCAGAAUAUUAAUGAAAUAAACUGUACAUAAGUUAAGCCACA